UUCUCUCUCCACUUGGCCCCAUUGCUUAGUCUUGAUUUGCAAUGUGACUCUAUUAAUAACCUAAACACACAGCUGUGGUGCUGAGAGAAAAAAAUGCUGCUGAUUUAAUUUGAUUUUAAAAAGAUUUAAAUGGGUAUAAAUUCUGAGUGAACAAGAGAAGUUAAACACUCAUUGAAGGGUGAUCACUCGGUGCGAGCAAGCAUCAACUCACAUUCGAAAGAAAACUUGACCGCAGGAUAAUUACUGUUGAAACUUCUGACCACAAGGCUGCUCUACGAUUUAACGUCUCGAAAGUCAAAACAAGGACGAGAAAAAGAAGCCUUAUCGCGAAGGAAAUGGCACAUCUCGCGCCUUUUCUUUUUCAAAGUCAUGGAGGGAUUAAUCAGCUUGGAGGACCCUUUGUAAACGGUCGACCUCUCCCAGAUUACAUUCGUCACCGUAUCGUGCAACUUGCAGCCUGUGGGGUGCGACCGUGCGAGAUUUCUCGCCGUCUGUUGGUUUCUCAUGGCUGUGUCAGCAAAAUCUUGGGCAGAUUCUAUGAGACAGGUUCCAUUCGUCCAGGAUCAAUUGGAGGAAGCAAACCAAAGGUCGCUACUCCUCCGGUCGUAAGCAAGAUUGUUCAGUACAAGCAACAAAAUCCCACCAUUUUUGCGUGGGAAAUUCGGGAUCGCCUUGUCGAAGAGGGCGUCUGUGAUCGGGAAAACACUCCAAGCGUCAGUUCCAUCAAUCGCAUCCUGAGAAACAAAGCUGCAGAAAGGGCUGCACAGUACGCAAUGAUUGAGCGUGAAAGACAACAUUUGGCAAGUAUAUAUGGCUUCCAUCCAUGGUCAUCCAUUUGUGACCCGAGUGUUCCGUGGUCUUGUCACGCUUUGCCUCAGCAUGAAGAUUUUUCACAUCAUGAGUACGAGAGACGGGGCAUGGAACCUGCCCCUAGGAUGUCACUCAUGGCACCGUCAGAGAGUAGCAACAGUCACCAGGAGCACAGCGAAGUGAGGCUGAAAGAGGAAAAUGACGAGGAGCAACGCGAGUCGCAGUACGCUACCAAAGAAAGAGAGGUCGUUAAAACAGAAAGAGAUAAACCAAUUCUUCACCGAACUGACAUUGAGAAUGAUCAUGAAGACGACCUGGAUGAGUUUGAAACUAACAUCCAAGAGACCAGCUUCCUUGAUGACAACACUUUUAACAGCAAAAACAUCAACAACAACAACAACAACAAAGACAACGAAAACGACACCCCUGAAACAGACAGCAAAAAUUUCAAUAACAAUUCAGAAAAUACCUGCUACAACAGUGGAAGUGAAAGUGGCAAAGAUGAAAACGAUUCCCAAGCAAAUCAGAAAAGAAAAAUACGAAGAAACAGGACAACAUUUUCUCCCGAACAGCUGGAGAUGCUUGAGAAGGAAUUUGAAAAGUCGCAUUACCCAGACGUAGCUACGAGAGAGGAGCUUGCAAAUAAGAUUGAAAUGUCGGAAGCCCGUGUACAGGUCUGGUUCUCCAAUCGUCGAGCCAAAUGGCGUCGUCAUCAGAAAAUUAAUAGCUUACCGCACAUACGUCAUUCACUGUUGGGUGGAUGUUACCCUAUGUGCACAGAAUGUGACAUGGCUGAUCAACAGUGUACCAUGAUACCUGGUCCUUACAGUCCGCCGAUGAACUCUCUAAGCCUUCUGUCACCGAACGCUGACCGAAUAAGUUCAUCGUCAACUUCCAUAUUAGGAGGCGAAAAUGCUGUGAGAUCUUGUUCACCCAAGGACUGCACUUGCUCGCGAGUUUGAGCUUGACUUUUUGUUAAAAAUAAAAUAGAAUGGUGCUCCUAUUUUGUAAAUAGCUUCCAGGGGUUUUUCAGGUUUCUAUGGUAAUAUUAGAGAAAAUGUGUGCGUUUGGUUUUGUGAUUUUAUGGACAGCCUGAUGAUGCAUUAGGUUUGCGAUAUCAGAUUAAUGUAAAUACCAGGACGAAAAAUAAAGCAUUUCAUUCCAAGUAUGAUUACGAAAUUCCAUUGAAAAUUUCGCUUAUGAGAUUUUCAAAGCGUGAUACCAAUUUAUCCUAGACUAGUGUUUGUGAUUCUUGUACAGAAAUAAAGGGAAUAAAAACUAUGAAAAUUUUCA